AUGAAGUGUUUAUUUCUAUUAGCUAUUCCAAUAGCAAUCUAUUCGAUUUCAUGUUCCUUGUAUUAUACCUGGUUACCAACAAACUUUCAAUUUGACAAAAAUGUUUUACAACAAUUAGUUCAAGAAUCUAUCAAAGAACAUCCAAAUAACAUCACUGAAUUGAUGAUUGAUUUAGGUUCAAAGAUUAACCGCGAGUACCCAGGACUUGUCAAUGAAUUAAAUUUCAAUGAUUGGGUUUACAAUAAUGCUGGUGGAGCUAUGGGGACCAUGUUUAUCCUCCACGCUUCAAUCACUGAAUAUUUGAUCUUCUUCGGUACAGCGAUUGGAACUGAAGGUCAUACAGGAGUUCAUUUUUCUGAAGAUUACUUUAUGAUUUUACAAGGCGAAGAGAGAGCUGCAUUACCAGGAAGUUUGGAACCAGAAGUAUAUAAACCUGGUGACUGUCAUCAUUUAGUUAGAGGUCAAGUUAAGCAAUAUGCAAUGCCGGGUGAAUCCUGGGCUUUGGAGUAUGCCCAAGGAUGGAUUCCAUCAAUGUUGUUCUUUGGAUUUUUGGAUACAUUCACUUCAACUUUGGAUUUCCAUACACUUUAUUUGACUUGCUAUUUCACUGGUAGAGAUAUGGUGAAGAAUUUGUUUAGAGGAAAGUUUUAG